CUUUUCAUCUUCAAUCCAAAAAUGGGCAGAAGACCUAAAUAGACAUUUCUCCAAAGAAGGUAUACAGAUUGCCAACAAACUCAUGAAAGAAUGCUCAGCAUCACUAAUCAUUAGAGGAAUGCAAAUCAAAACUACAAUGAGGUAUCACCUCACACUGGUCUUUAAUGAGCUUUGCCUGCAUGGAUGUAGACAGCCCGCCUAUCCAACAGUUUUGCAAUGGAAUGGAUAUGGUUGCUCUUGCUUCUAACAAUUAGAGUGCUUCCAGGGUCUGCUCAGUUCAAUGGCUACAAUUGUGACACCAACCUCCACAGUAGAUUUCCUGCUGAAAGAGACAUCAAUGUCUACUGUGGGGUCCAGGCCAUUACAAUGAAGAUUAAUUUUUGCACAGUACUUUUCUCUGGUUAUUCUGAAACAGACCUGGCACUGAACGGAAGGCAUGGGGAUUCCCACUGCAGGGGGUUCAUCAAUAACAACACCUUUCCUGCGGUGGUCAUUUUCAUCAUCAAUCUCAGCACCUUGGAGGGCUGUGGAAACAAGUUAGUGGUAUCCACAAUUCCUGGAGUCAGUGCUUAUGGAAAUGCAACUUCAGUACAAAUAGGAAAUAUUUCAGGGUAUAUUGAUACUCCAGACCCACCAACAAUCAUCAGCUAUCUACCUGGACUUCUUUACAAAUUUAGUUGUAGUUAUCCAUUGGAAUACCUGGUUAAUAAUACCCAGCUUGCUUCGUCCUCAGCUGCUAUUUCUGUGAGGGAGAACAAUGGUACAUUUGUCAGCACUUUGAACCUGCUCCUUUAUAACGAUUCAACCUACAGUCAGCAGUUAAUUAUCCCGAGUAUAGGAUUACCUUUGAAAACCAAAGUAUUUGCAGCUGUACAAGCCACUAAUCUGGACGGCAGAUGGAAUGUCUUAAUGGAUUAUUGCUACACGACCCCAUCAGGGAAUCCAAAUGAUGAUAUUCGAUAUGAUCUCUUCCUUAGCUGUGACAAAGAUCCUCAAACCACCAUCAUUGAAAACGGCAGGAGCCAGCAGGGCCGCUUUUCCUUUGAAGUGUUCCGAUUUGUGAAACACAAGAAUCAGAAAAUGUCCACUGUCUUCCUGCACUGUGUUACCAAGCUCUGCAGAGCUGAUGACUGCCCCUUCCUUAUGCCAAUUUGCGACCACAGAGAAAGGCGAGAUGCAGGGAGGAGGACCACCUGGAGCCCCCAGAGCACUUCUGGAAAUGCUGUCCUUUCUGCAGGGCCCAUCAUUACUCGGAGUGAUGAGACUCCAACCAACAAUUCACAGCUUGGUUCUCCAAACGAACCUCAUUUCCAGCUGAACGCCAUCACCAGUGCACUGAUAUCAGGAAUGGUCAUUCUGGGAGUCAUGAGCUUUUCCCUCCUCCUGUGCUCACUGGCCCUUCUGCACAGGAAGGCACCCACCAGUUUGGUAUUGAACGGCAUACGAAACCCAGUCUUUGACUGACUGUCACAGGCCCCUGCUCUCGGGAGAAGGCUUCACUGACCCUACAGUGUGUGACUGCAGUCAGUGUUCUAUCUGAAUUGAAUGCCAGUCAGCAUUUGAUAUUUGUAGGUUUGAUAGAUUUCAGUGUAGCUUGUUAGCAUGACAAUAGUGAGAGAAUUUUGAUAAUAUUGCUCUUGUCACUUAUGUUUGUGGUCAGCCC